AUGCAGAAACGCAAUAGAGAUGAUAUGCUCAGCUCACUGCCUGAUGACAUUCUCGUCAACAUUCUUGACCGGCUCAAUGCCCGCGAUGCUGCAAGAACCAGCGUCCUCUCCAGGCGGUGGAGUCAGCUCUUGGUCAAGCUCUCUCGACUGAUAAUAAAUGCUCAGGACUUCCUGCCCGAGGGAUUGUCAAACGACAACAUGUCUGGUGACGACUUGGUUCGGGUGAAUGCUGCUGCUGUUGAAGCGACAAAGAGCCUGCUGACACGCAGAAAUCCAGGUGAAUACACCUUCCGCCUCCUGUCCACGGCAUUCUACUUGAGAGAUGAUGCUCCCAUAUCCAUCGGGCAUGCUGUUGGCAACGCCAUGGUGACACACAAGGUUGAGAAAGCCGAAUUCACUGUUUUGACAGAGAAGCAACACCUGCAGUGCACUCUUGAUGAUACGGUGAACUACGGGGCACAGUUCGUGUCAUUUUUUAACGAGUGUCCGGAUGCAUUUUCUGGUCUGACACGGCUCUACCUGGAGAAUCUGACAUUUGCUGAAUCUGACAUGGUCUCCAACAUACUCGUUGCUUGUAAGCAGUUAAAAUAUUUAGGUUUUCUCAACUGUGAGACAGAGAGUUGGAUGACGCUCCAAGUUGAGCAUGCACAACUCAGCGAGCUCAGUUUCGUGGAUUGCUGUUUUGGCGAAGUGGAACUGAAGUGGCUCCCGAGACUGAGUCGAGUAAACUUUGUGAUUUGGAGGGUCUACAAAGACCUACCGCUGUCAUUUGGUCAUGUCCCAUUGCUUGAGGCUGUGACCCUUGUAAAUGUUGCUCUUAGUUGGCACAAAAUGGUCAAGUUAAGCACGUUACUUUCUGAGACCUCUACCUCUGUACAAGAACUACACUUGGGGUUUAAAUGCGAAAAGAUUUGGGUUCAGCCAGAGCGUCUGACGAAAAGGCAGGCAUCUGCGUUCCAGCGACUAAGGAUUGUCAAUCUAGAUUGCAUUCCUGAAGGGUAUGAUCUCACAUGGACAAUGUUCAUUCUGGAAGCUGCACCAUCGCUGGAGGAGUUCUACAUGACGGUAAUGGAUCACCCGUGUGAAAUGCAAAUGAAUAAGAGGAGGAGGAGGAAAGCCUCGUAUAGCAAGAGGAAGGGCGUAGAGUGGGAAUCACCUACACCCAAUUUCGUUCAUCACCAUCUUACCAAGCUCAUCAUCUUCUGCUUUGAGUCUUGCAUGGUGAGUCAUGUCAGGCGUGUCAUUAAAGCAGCGGUGAAUCUGAAGGAUGUGUACCUGUAUGAUAGACUAACAUGUCAUAAUUGCGAACACCUGGAACGUCUAAAGCCAAAUACGUUCCCGCUGUCAAAGAAGCAUAGGUGUUCAAUGAGGGCGCUACUGACACAGGGCCUCCAUUCCCAUGCCAGGAUUCGCUUCCUUAGCAUUGAUGGAAUUCACGAUGAGCAUGCUGACAUGAUACUGUUCUAGUGUUUUCGUUGAAAAGACUGCGAAGUUUGCUUAAUAAUGUUUGUACUCUAUGACUUGU